AUGCCAGGUCCGCCGAACAAGCGCCAGAAGCGCGACGAAUACAAGAAGGUACAAGAAAUUCUCACAAAGGAAGGAAAUAGCACUGGAGGUGGAAAUGUCGAGCUCCCUAAAAAGAAAUUCUAUCGACAACGUGCCCAUGCAAACCCUUUCUCUGACCAUGCGCUUGUCUACCCCCGCGGUCCAGCAGAGAUGAACUGGUCGCCUCACUAUCCUGCUUUUAUCGGAGAGGCCGCAGGUGAAGUCGACAAAGAGGUUGAAGUUGCAGAUAUCGGUUGUGGGUUUGGUGGCCUUCUGGUCGGGCUCUCCCCAGUGAUGCCACAAACACUGAUGGUCGGCAUGGAGCUGCGGUCCCAGGUGACCGAGUAUGUCAUCAAUAGGAUCGCGGCGUUACGGUCUCAGAAUCGAGACAAAGAACCAUCGAUACCCGGCGCACCUGCGCUUUAUCAAAACAUUUCGGCAAUUCGAACCAAUACGAUGAAAUUUCUCCCAAACUAUUUUCACAAAGGCCAACUGUCAAAGAUCUUCCUCUGUUUUCCAGAUCCACACUUCAAACAACGGAAACACAAGGCUCGAAUCGCUUCCGCGCAAUUGAAUGCCGAGUAUGCGUAUGUCAUGAAGCCGGGUGGUCUAAUCUACACGAUAACCGAUGUAGAGGAGCUGUCGCAAUGGAUGACCAAGCAUUUCGUGGGAAAGGAGGCCGGGGAUGCUAAGGAGCUGUGGGAACAAGUUUCGCAGGAGGAAUUGGACGCCGACCCUUGCGUCAGGAUCAUGAGUGAGGAGACUGAAGAAUCGAAGAAAGUGACGCGGAACGGAGGCAACAAAUAUGUUGUUGUCUUUAGAAGAAAGCACACUCCUGAAUGGCCUGAAUGA